CACUCGCUCGGCUCCCUCCCGGUCUCCUCCAGGCAGCCCUGGGCGCUGGUGGGGAUCCUCGGAGGGGAUCAGCGCUCCACAGCCGAAGAUAAGCGGGAGUAUCACGGGAAUGGAACAACGGGGUUAGCCGUCGCCCAGAGAGAUUUCCUCACCUACGAUGGCACCUGUUUUACUGUCACUGCUUUCAGCGGAUGGAUAAAAGGGGUGCCUCAUAAUGGAUUUAAAGUCGAAGCGUCCAAAGGAAUAAUUCUUCAUUUGGUGGAUGAGGUUACAAGUUGGUUACCUGGCGACCGGAUCGUCGUUGCCAGUACAGAUUAUUCUAUGCAUCAGGCUGAAGAGUUUAAUCUCCUUCCUUGCCCUGAAUGUAAAAGUAAUCAAGUGAAAAUUGAUGGCAGCCCACUUUAUCUUCACAUUGGAGAAGUCAUUGAUGGCAUCGAUAUGAGGGCAGAGGUUGGUCUUCUGACUAGAAAUAUCCUUAUUCAAGGAGAAAUGGAAGACUCCUGUUAUGGACAAAAUCAAUGUCAGUUUUUCUCCUUUGAUACAUUCGGAGGACAUAUUAAAAUCCUAAGGAAUUUUAGCUCUGUUCACAUGUCAGGAGUGGAAUUAAAAAACAUGGGGCAGCAAAUCCUGGGAAGUUAUCCUGUGCAUUUUCACUUGGCUGAGGAUGUGGAUGAGAGAGGAGGAUACGAACGCCCAACGUACCUUGAUAACCUGGCUAUCCACCACUGCUUCUCUAGGUGUGUUGCCAUACAUGGGACUCAUGGCCUUCUGGUAAAAGACACCAUUGGCUAUGACACUCUGGGGCACUGUUUCUUCCUCGAAGACGGGAUGGAGCAACGCAAUACAUUUUAUCACAACUUGGGCCUCCUCACAAGGUCGGGGACGAUCUUGCCUUCGGAUCGCAAUGAGGCAAUGUGCCUUGCCAUCCGCAGCCACGUCUAUGGGAAUUACGUUCCUGUGCCGAGCACCGACUGCAUGGCUGUCAGCACAUUCUGGAUUGCAAAUCCAAACAACAACUUAAUAGAGAAUGCAGCAGCUGGUGCUCAGGAUGUUGGAAUAUGGUACAUCUUCCACCGGGUUCCAACUGGCCAGUCCGAGGGGCAAUAUCCAGAGGGACAGGCUGAACAUACCCCCUUGGGAGUAUUUUACAACAACAGAGUCCACUCCAAUUUCAAGGCUGGUUUGUUUAUUGGAAAAGGAGUAAAGACAACGAGAGCCAGCGCUGAAGAUCCCAGAGAGUAUCUCACUGUCGAUAAUGCCAGGUUUCGCCCACAUCAAGAUGCUGAUCCUGAAAAGCCGCGAGUUCCUGCUGUGAUUGAUGGUCUUAUUGCUUUUAAAAAUAAUGACCAUGGGGCCUGGGCCAGGGGCGGCGACAUUAUUUUCCGCAACUCGGGGUUUUCAGACAAUGGAAUUGGACUCACUCUGGCAAGUGAUGGGACUUUCCCGACGGACGAAGGCUCCAGCCUGGAGGUUACACAUUCCAUUUUUGUUGGAGAAAGCAGCAACUUUGGCUCCCAGGGAGGCCAAAACAGCUACUGGGGAAAAGGGGCAAAUGGAGAAUACAGAACACUGCCCAGAAACAAGACGUUCCCUAUUCGUGGAUUCCAGAUUUAUGAUGGGCCUGUCAGGAUGGCAAAAUGCACUUUCAAGAAGUUCACCUCAACUGUUGACAGAUACUCAAGUGCCAUCGGGUUCUUCAUGAAAAACUCCUGGCAGAUAAGCCCCCAGAAUAAUGUGUCACAGAUCCUGAUGGAGAAAACCGUUGGACUGAAAGUGUUUUUUGGCAGACCAGGCCAGUGGUUUGGAAACAAUGAUAAUGAUGGUGACAAAAUGUCUAUCUUCCAUGAUCUGGACGGCUCGGUGACAGGGUAUCCCGACACUUUCAUAGGCAGAGCGGACAACUACUUGCUGCGUCAUCCCGGGUGCCUCACUGUCCCACGCUGGAAUGGGGUGAUGUGUACCGGGAAAUUCGCACAGCUUUAUAUUCAGGCCAGACGCCCUGAGAAUCUGACCUUAUCCAUUGCCAGAGCAGCAUACCAUUCCCAUCCCUUGCGGUUGCAAGGUGUGAACAGAGGAGCACCAUACCAGCAGUACCAGCCUGUCGUCAUGCUCGAGCAGGCUUAUAUCAUCCAGUGGGAUGGCAGAGCACCUGAGGAUAUUAUCCUGUACCCGAUCAACUUCAACAGAGGAGACUGGCUGCAUGUUGCUCUCUGCUAUCCCAGGGAAGCCGUUUUCCAGGUGGUGGCGGAUAUCUACCAGCGACGGACAGGGACAGUGCACAGCGUAAAGCACUACCUCGCUGCUCCUUCUCGGGCCAGCGCUCUCAACGGGACCGGCGAGCGGCUCUUCUACUUCGACAGAGCAUCAGGGUGA